AUGCAUAAAACAUAUCAAUUUGACUCAAACUAAAAACCAAAAAUAAAAGACUUAUGUUAGGAAGACAAAAAGAAAAUAGGAAAAUUAAUCAAAAGAUUAGCACAGGAAAGAGAGGAAAAAGAAAUACUAUUAAAAAAAUUAGCAGACAUGCAAUCAUCUGAAUAAAAAUAAUAAAGAUUACAAACUGAAAUAGAAAAAUUAGAUGAAGAAAUAUCUCAAUUAUAAGAUUAAGAGAAGUAGACUAACUAUUAAACUCCUUAAUUAUAAACUUAAAGCAAAUAAAAACUAUUGUAUAAAUUUGAAAAUGAUGAUGAAAACUUACAAAAUUUACAUUAAAGUCCAAACUUUAAAGUUUUGAACUAAAUUAAUGAAGAUUAAAGUUCCUCCUUUAUAAUGCCAAUAACAUAAAGAGAGUCUCCAAUCAAAGUUGAUCAAUAAAUAUAAACUUCUAUUUUGCAAUAAUAAAUUUAACAAUAACCAACAGGAUAAUAAAAAAAGUCAUCCAAAAAGAAGAAAGAGAUUUUGAUGAAGAAGAUUCAAGAAUUUGAAAAAAUAGUGAAUAGAUUGAAUUUUUCUAAUGAAUAAGUAUUUAAUUUCACUUAUUUAGAGUAUUGAAUUAACUACCAAUAGAAAAUCUGAAGAUUAAAAUUCUCAAUUAAAUAAUACUAGUUAUCUUCAAAAUGUUUUUUAAAAACUCUUAAACAUUGAAUAAUAAUCAAUCACAACCUAAUAGACUGUAAGAUCUGAAUAGUAAAGUGAAAUAUAAUAAGUAUAGUUUUAGUAACAACAAUAUAAUGAAGAUGAUCUAAUUAUUUAGUUAUUAAAUUCAGAUGCCUCAUCUUAUAAACCCUAAAAUCAAAAUGUUUUUAACAAUUUAUCAAAUGUUUCUAAAUAAUAAUAAAAAAAGUAAUAGCAAAGUAAAAAUAAUUCUACGAUUUUACAAAAUGAGAAUAAAUAAAACAAAUAAAAAAUAACAUUUGAUUAAAUUCCUUCACCUAUUGUAUAAGAUGCUUACUGUAAGAAUGUGGUUUAGAAAUAUAACUCAUUAUUGUAAGAGUUAAAUAGAUAACAAUGA